CGGGCGGAGCGGCGGGGCGCCCCGGCGGGCAUGGGUUGGAAUUGGAGCCACUCCCCCGACCUGACUACAACCAGCAUCAUGUGGUUACUAACUGCUCUUCAUUCACUUCUUGAUGCCUCCCAGAAAAAAACGCCGCCCAAGUUGCCAGAAAGCCCAGCUGCUAUUCCACCAUCAGCCACUGGAGAGCCCCAAACACCGCUAUGGAUCUCCACAGCUUCCCAUCACCUACACUAGGCAGGUGCCCAGCAAGCCCAUUGACCACAACACCAUCACUUCCUGGGUAUCACCUCAGUUUGAUACAACAGCAGAAAACUCGUUCCCAGCCAACCGGAAACGUCGUCGCCGAGACCAGGCAAGACAUUCAAGUCGAAAAUCUACCACCUCCAAGUUUCCACAUCUAACAUUUGAGAGUCCACAGUCUUCUUCCAGCUCAGCCACACUUGGGAUCCCCUUAACCGGGGGAUACCCCAAUCAAUCAGAAAAGGACAUUUCCAGAAGGCCCUUCAUUCCAAUGCUCAGUCCCCAGAGCUGUGGGGAGCUGUCAUCACACGCACUUCAAAACUUGCCUUAUGUGUUCAUUCCACCUGAAAUCCGGACCCCAGAGUCAUCUUCUGUGAAGGAGGGGCCCAUUCCCCCAGAUCAGAGGGAAGACAGCCUUCCAAGCUGCUCCCUUCACACUAGUACUCCCAAGAGCCCAGAGCCUGGGCCUGUUCUGGUUAAAGACACUCCUGAGGAGAAGUAUGGGAUAAAGGUCACGUGGAGGAGACGAGGGCACCUGUUUACUUACCUCAAGGAGAGAGGGAAGCUGAGCAAAAGCCAGUUCCUUGUGAAAAAGUGACUGGGUUUCUCAGAUAACAGUAAUCUCAAGACAUUGAUUGCUGGUUUUCACAGAGUUGCUCAAGUCACUUUUCUGGCUCACAAGAUAGCACAUCGAUAGAAUAAAGUGGAAAUAAUACCAAUAACAUCAAUAGAAAAAGAUAUUUUAACUAGACCCCUGGAGUCAUAGGGAAUUCAAUUCCCAGAUUUACUUUUUUAAAUAUCUUGUCAUAAACAGUUCUUAGUGUCAUAAACUGUUUACUUCAUAUUUUUCUUGUAUUAACUGUUUCAAAUUUUAACCUAUCUUGUAGUAACUGUUUAAAAUGUAUGUAAACAAAUGGUUGCAGGAACUUUUUAGAGAACCCUGCUUCUGACUGCCCCCUCCACAGAGGGUCUUUCCUAAUGGUUUCCUUUAGCCACUACUCGUUAAUCCUUUAGUCACCUCAUGCAAACCAAUUCAUUCCACAGUUUUGAGUACUGACUCUGCGUCAGGCUCAGUGGCAGCUUCCUCUAUGACCUGAUGGAUGGAAAAAAUCUAAGCAAAUUCUGUGACAUUUUAUAGUUGAGCUGCCGCCUCUGCAACCUUGGCUCCUCUGCUGAAAGGAGAAGAUUGAAGAAGGGGCAGCAAGCCCUGUUUAGUGAAUACAGUGGGAUCAGGGCAGGUAAAGGGGACAUGAGUAAGUUACUUAGGUUUGCUGUGUUUUGAUUUUUAUUUCCAACCGAAGAAAUCUCUAAAUA